AUGAGUUCUGCUGCCUUUUGCAUAAGAAAUGAUAGAGGAGAUUUAAUGUAUGCUGCAGCUAGAACACUGAAUGAUACUACCAAUAUUUGUGCAGAGGCCAUAGCAAUAGGGGAUGGUAUUGAAUAUUGUGUGACACAUCAGUUCUUGCCUGUGAUUAUGGAAACUGAUUCCUUGGCUUUGCUAAACAUCAUAAGGCAGAUAUGGAGUAUCCCUUGGAACAUCAGAAUGGAGAUAAGGAGAAUACAGUAUUGGAGUAAUAAGGGGCAAGUGCAGUUUGCUCAUAUCCUGAGGGAAGGCAAUGCACUUGCAGACUGUUUAGCUAAUUGUGUGCUCAAGUUUGCAGGGAACCAGAUUGAAGUGCUUUCACAGUUUGCUCAUCACUGCAGCAGUAGCAACAUCAAGUAG